AAGACAAUCCCACUCUCCGCCUGCUGCCUUUCCGCCCAAACUGAGUUGUGGCUCAACAGUCGGGUAGAAAAACGGCCUUGUUGUGGGCUGGACCGGUUCAUUGACCAACAUUACACUGCGGGUCACAGCGGAACAGAGGAACAACAGCUGCCAGUGAGAGAUUGAAUCCAGCAGUCACAAUGGCAGACAGCGGGAAGACUAAUGAGCCUGGAGCUGCAGCAGCAGAACCAUCAAAUGGAGACCAGCAGAAUGUUGUUUCCCGGGUGAGCAAUUUACCUUUGGUCAGUUCAGCUUGCGGGGUGGUUUCCAGCGCGUACAGUAGCACCAAAGACAGUGUGCCCUUGCUGAAGGGAGUGAUGGAUGCAGCAGAGAGUGGGGUCCGAACCCUGGGCGCAGCUGCCUCCACGGGGUCCAAGCCUCUUUUAGACAUUAUAGAACCACAACUUGCUACAGUAAAUGAGUAUGCCUUGAAAGGGCUGAAUAAGAUGGAGGAGAAGCUGCCUAUUCUUCACCAACCAGCAGAUAAGGUGGUGUCGGACACAGUAGGUAUGGUGUACCAGUCGGUGGCAGGGGCCAAAGAUGCUGUGAUGGGGGCUGUGAUGGGCGGAGUCGAGCUGACCCGGGCAGCAGUCAGCGGAGGUAUCAUCACCGCCAUGAACACCAGAAUGGGCCAGAUGGUCAGCAGUGGGAUGGGCCUGGCCCUGAGCCGAUCCGAGGACUGGGUUGACCAGAACCUACCCCUCACUGAGAGAGAGCUGGCUGAGAUGGCUGAACCUGCCACCGGUGUGUUGACUACCCUGUCUGCCAGCCCCAGCUACUUUGUCCGCUUGGGGAAACUCUCUGCCAAAGUACAGGAGCGAGCCCUACAGCAGUCCCUGGUCCGUGCUCGACAUGCCAGGGAUGCCACCUAUACUGCAGUGACUCAAAUUACCAGUACUCUGGACCUGCUAGAGAGUGCCCGCACCAGUCUGGGCACCACUAGUACCCAGAUAGGAGGAGCCUCAGAGCAGCUGCUGCAGCGCUGGACAGAGUGGAAGCAGGCUGGAGCUGGACAGACGGAGUCAGAACCAGAUGGGACCAGUGAUGAGGCUGAGCAGCUGGAAUGGCGGGUCCUUUCCAUGGUGCGUGGUCUUAGUGACCAGCUGAGGUCAGCGUGCGCCAAUGUGGUGUCAAGUGCUCAGGGUCUGCCAGGUGCAGUCCAGGACCAGCUGACCAGUGCAAGGCGAUCUGCUGAAGAACUGCACUCCUCUCUGGGGAACACCAGCACCAUCACACCCCUCCUUGUGGAGCGGAGCCGUCACCAGCUGACCCAAGUUCAGCAGUCUAUGGAUGGUGUCAUGGAUUAUCUACUUAACAACAUACCACUGAAUUGGCUGGUGGGACCUUUUGCCCCUCAGACCACUGAGAAGUCCGAGGGAGAUGUGGCGAUGGAGCAGAGUGGACCACACAACUAAACUUGAAGACGUGUGUGUUAAUGAGUCAGUGCAGUGACAAGACUAGUGUUUACUGUAGAUGGACCUUUUUAAAAAAACAUAUCUGCUUGCUUUAAUGAAAGAGGCCUUAAAUUUAGUUUUGUUUUCUUCAUGAUGCACUAAACUUGUACAUAUUAACUGAUAACGCCACAUUUGUGAUGUUGAAGUUAAGAUGGAAGGCUCUGAUCUGUGGCCUUAAGAGAAUUCACACAUUUGUGCACUUUAUUAUUUAUCCGGGAAAAGAAUUAUUUUUACAUCUGUUGAAGAUUACUCUAUACACAGCGUGUGCCCAUACUGGUGUUUGUAAGACUUUUUGUUUGUGCCUAAAAGGAACUUAAGGCAUUCCCAUAACUAAACUAAAUGUAUGUUGUGCUUGCCAAGGCCACUCUAGGGCUCCAGAUUUGUGGAGGGACUUGUGUGCGUCUUUAAUGACGUGGAGUUCAUGGUGUAUUCAUUAGUUUUUAGAUUUGCAAUUUUAAUGUCAGUAUUGUGUGUCUGGACCUUGAUGGGUUUAUGGAAGCAGCUAAUUAACUGUCAAUGAGCUGACAUGUGACAAUAAAAUAUUGACACACAA